AUGCUGCGAAGUACUGCGCCAAUUGCAAAGCAAUAUCAGAGGGUGAACUGGAGUUUAACGGUACCUGCCAAAAUCGUUAAGAUACUGAAUGAUACGUCGAAUAAACCACUCGAAGAGCCUGAGAAACAUGCGUUGAGAAGAUUCUACAUUCGGAAAACAGUGAUCCAUUUGCCUGUGAAAGAAAGAAGGUAUAUCGUCGAUUUCCUCUUCAGACGACAGGCGUAUCUCGAGCUCAAUCGAUUCGCACAAAAGUAUCUCUUCAAGAGAGGUGAUCUGGUUGAUAGCAGCUACAGUUUGUCGUUCCGAGAACUACGGCAGUACUGCCAGUCGCUAAUAGCAACCGGCAAUAUGAUACUUCUGGACCAGAUAGUAAGCAAAAUCAUAGCGCAAUCGUCGAUCGAGCAUAAAAAGUGCGCCAUAAACUUCAUAAACUUCCUUUUCACAGCACUCAAGGAUGGCUCAAAGGUGGUGGCGACGAUUGAACCGGAGGAGACUUUGUUGAAGUGGGCCAAGUGGAUGAAAAUGCUAAACGGACAUUGUGAGUUCGACAAUUACGCACACCAGAAGGAUUUGUUGAAACCUUUGCUAUUUUAUCUUCGAGAGAAGCGACAUGAAGAGUUGGGCUUUUUUCAAGACUGUCUUGAUAAGAUCAAGGCAGCACUAGGAGCCUCUGUUGCAUCUCAGUUAUCCAGCACUCUUAUUUAUUUGGCAGCGUACAAUAGAAGCUUCGGGUUGGUGCGAGAUCUGUGGGACUACAAAAUAAACAAUAAUUUGGUAAUAUCAUCCUCGGAUCUGACUUGCAUCCUGAAAUGCUACUGUCAUUUUGAAAAGUACGAUUUAGUAGAGCGAACACACGCAGCUUUCCCGCAUGCUCAUGACGAGCAUCAGCAAUUUGACUAUCUACUGAUCGCAUAUUCGAAGUUACAAAACUGGAAAGGUCUGCAAGAUCAGUUCAAUGCGCUUUUUAGCAUUGGGGAGCUACCGAAUAUUGAACAUUAUGGAAUUGUAAUGUAUUCGAUGGCAACAAUAGGUGAACUGGAUAGCGUAGAGAAGCUAUACGCUCAGCUGCUGCGAAGGAACAUGUUGCCGACCUACACGGUUCUUCAAUCACUUUUAUACGCUCAUUUUAAAGCCGGUAACUUAAACAGCUGCUUUGCUCAAUUCGAACUAUUUGACAAGUAUUCAGUUCGGCCAAGUUCGUCGACCUAUACCUUGAUGUUCAAGGUCUUCAGGGCUCUGAAUAACAUAGAUGGUGCGCUACGUUUGCUGAAAAGAGCCACGGAAAGUGAUAUUGAUAUAACUGAGGGGCACUUUGCUCUCCUAAUACAAAUGUGUUCCAAAUUUACUAAUCCCUUGAUCGCUCAGGAGCUUUUCCACAUCAUGGAGGAGCAUUACAAUGUAGCACCGACAGGCAAAUCAGUUUCAGCUCUCAUGGAUGUCUACAUUGAAAGUAAUCUACCGCAAAAAUCAUUGGCUCUUUUUAAGCGUUAUAAACAUGUCAAACUGGAAAAUCGUCUCUCUAUAUUCAAUAAGGCGAUCAAGGCCUACAUUGCGAUGGGUGACAGCAGCAUGUGUGAAUCAAUUUUCCAGGAAAUCGUCGAUUUGAGGUUGGCUAAUGAUUCAGAGUUUUUCAGAGGUAUGAUCCAAUACUUAGUCAUUUUGAAGAAAGAUUAUGGAACUGCAGAAAAUGUUUUAGACCAGCUACUCAAACAUCCCACCAUCAAACCAGAUGUAUCUCAUUUCGAAGUUCUGAUGCAAGCUUUCGAUAAAAUUGCAUUUCGGGAAGGUAUUCACAACCUAUACAGAAAGAUGAAUGAAAAUAAGAUUCCCGUCAACUCUAAGGUAAUAUAUUAUCUCGUCAAAGCAACCUUCAAGGUUCAGAUGAAAUCACAAGGUGAUUUAAAAAAGCCAAUUGAAUUAUUGGAUCGUAUUAUGAGCAAUGCUGCGGAGAAAACAUUAGAUAUCACGUUCAAUCAAUUGCAUCCAUCGGUAGUGGCAUGGCCGAUGAGAGUUGUCGCUAAAUACUAUAAUCCUAUGAAAGCAAUAGAUCUUCUCAAUCGUUACAGCCAGCUGUUCUACGGAAAGGAUGACCUCUCCGUGAAUGGUAGGUUGACCAUUAUGCGUUCACUUCUGGUCGUCUCAGCGGAAAUUGAGCAGUGGGAUGAGUUUGAGAACAUAUUCGAAAGAUAUGUGGCUCGCAUUGACUCUUUCGAAAAACAACCGUCAGCAACUAUGCCAAACACUAAGCUUCGGACGGCAUUCAAAGGGCUCAUUUUUUACAAAGUUCGACAUUUGGUUGCGACACAUAACGUCCAAGCGCUUCCAGAGCUGUUGAACAGUUUGGAGGCUAGAGGGUUCUUAAUAGACAAUAUUUCAUGGAAUGAGGCAGUCAAGGCAUUAUUUCAGGAUUCAAGAACUAUCAAGACGGGAUUGAAGAUUGUGAAUGACAAGCUAAUACAUGGAUUCAACAUCAUACACAAAUUUCGUUUCUUGAGGAAGCACGCAGGGCAAAGGAGCUUGACUAACCAGUCAUGGUUUUUAAGACGUAAGAAGAUGGAGCCGUCCAGUUUUAACCCUUCACUUUACUUGAAUUCUGAAGUUUAUUCACAAGUAACGGAAUAUAUGGAUCGCUACUUGUCCAGUCUUCCUGAUUUAAACAACAAUUUAUCGGUGCUCGUGGAGGAAUUCCCCUAUUUCAUGAAAAGCUACUUGAUGAAACCUAGAAAUGCUGUCAAGGGUUGGGAAACCAUUGAAGCACAAAAUGCAUCCUUUCUCUCGGAAUUAAGGUCGACAAAGAGGGUAGAAAGCAUCGCCCAACUCCAGCACCGCUGA